AGCAGCUCCAGCAGCUCCAGCUCCAGCGUGAGCGUGAGCGUCCUGGGCUGGGAGCAAGUGCAGCGUCUGGACGCCAUCCUGACGGAGACCAUCCCCAUCCACGGCCGGGGGAACUUCCCCACCCUGGAGAUGCAGCCGCGCCAGAUCGUGAAGGUGGUGCGCAGCAGGAUGGAGGAGAAGCGCAUCCACGUCCGGGACGUGCGGCUCAACGGCUCCGCGGCCAGCCACGUCCUGCACGACGACAGCGGCCUGGGCUUCAAGGACCUGGACCUCAUAUUUUGCGCUGACAUGAGAGGUGAAAAUGAUUUCCAGACUGUGAAAGACAUAGUUUUGGACUGUCUUCUGGAUUUUUUACCCGACUGUGUGAAUAAGGAGAAAAUAACCCCGUUGACUCUAAAGGAAGCGUAUGUGCAGAAGAUGGUGAAAGUGUGCAACGACUCGGACCGCUGGAGCCUCAUCUCCCUCUCCAACAACCGCGGGAAGAACGUGGAGCUGAAGUUCGUGGACUCCCUCCGGCGGCAGUUUGAGUUCAGCGUGGACUCCUUUCAGAUCAAACUGGACUCCCUGCUGCUGUUCUACGAGUGCUCGGAGAACCCCAUGGCCCAGACCUUCCACCCCACCAUCGUGGGCGAGAGCGUGUUCGGGGACUUCGGCCAGGCCCUGGACCACCUACGUCACAAGGUCAUCUGCACGCGGAACCCGGAGGAGAUCCGCGGCGGGGGCCUGCUCAAGUACUGUCACCUGCUGGUGAGGGGCUUCCGGGCGGCGUCCGAGUCCGAGAUGAAGUCCCUGCAGCGCUACAUGUGCUCGCGCUUCUUCAUUGACUUCCCCGACAUCGGCGAGCAGCAGCGCAAGCUGGAGUCCUACCUGCAGAACCACUUUGUGGGCCUGGAAGACCGCAAGUACGACUACCUGAUGACGCUGCACGGAGUGGUGAACGAGAGCACGGUGUGCCUGAUGGGUCACGAGAGGCGGCAGACCCUGGGGCUCAUCGCCAUGCUGGCAGUGCGCGUCCUCGCCGAGCAGAACGUCAUCCCCAAUGUGGCUAAUGUUACCUGUUACUACCAACCUGCUCCUUAUGUGGCAGACGGCAACUUCAGUAACUACUACAUAGCGCAGGUGCAGCCGGUGUUUGCCUGCCAGCAGCACGCGUACUCCACCUGGCUGCAGUGUAACUGAGUCCGGCCCAGAGCCCGGAGGAGGAGAGCAGGAGGAGCGAGCGGCCACAUUAGAGCUUACACAGAGAGGAGUUUAUUGUUUUGCAUCAAAGCUUCUGUCUUUAGUUCAUACGUUGAGUAUGAAACCCAGAACAGCCGGCUUUCCCUUUAAGUGCGCGUUUUAAUGUGAAUCCCGCGCAGUUUCACCUGAUCCUGCCCAGGCCUAUAGACGAGGCUUGGAAAAGACUUAAUUAGCUUUGGAAGCGACGGCUCUAAUGCAGACGUGUGUUUUGCGUCGAGUGUGAGCAGCAGAACUCCAGACUCGCCGAAUCUGUCACAAACGGACUCGCCAGCAUGUUUCCGCUGCCGACUGAACGGCUGCAUCAGUGUCCUGAGGCUGACAGCGCCUUCAGCACAGCUUUCAGGGUGUUUCACUCAGUGCCCACACACACACACACACACACACACACACACACACACACACACACACACAUGCACGCACACACGCACGCACACACAUAACGCAGUUCUCAGCAUUUUGCUCCACAUAUAGAUCGGAUGUCAAUCUGACGUCUCAGCCUUGCAGUUUGGAUAUAAAUCUUUUUGUUUACAGACCAAAGAUUUCUUUAGUUUUUUGGGGAUAGUUUCUAAUGUAAAAAGCCAAUUUUGAUCGGGGAAGGGGAUGAAGCAGACUAUGAAGCUAUUGUAAUAUCUAUUUGUAUAUGUGAGCAUAUAUAUAUAUACAUAUAUGUGUAUAUGUAUAUGUUUGUGUUUAUAAGUGCCUAUUGCUUCUCAGCAGUCAGACGAAACAAUGAUCAGGCCACGUGACUCUGUCUGUCAUCAAGACACAAGACAGUGUCACCCCGAAGGCUUGUGAAUGUAUAUGUGAAAUCAAGCACGGUCAGUGUUCCCACAUUGAAAAAAGAGCACCGUGGGCUGGUGUGGAUUUUUGCAUUAAAGUAGCAGUCAGUCAUGUGAUUGAGUAUUUGCAAUGUUUACAAUCUUCAUGUGAAUAUUUGGUAAUCCAAGAUGUUAUCCUCUCCAACUGAUGUCUUUUUUGAGUACUGUCAGAGCCAUUUUGAGAGGAGGCGGAUAAGCAUUGAGGAUAAUCAGCCGACGACAAAACUUAAACACAACAUUUGUUGUAUAUUUUGUACAGCCAAGGCCCGCUUUUGCUCAUCCAAGAAUAGCAGAUAAGAGAGUCGGAGAGGCAAGACAGAGAGGGUCCAGAGCGCGCUGCUGUGUGUGGUCCCCCAAUGCCUCGUCCCGCAGACGUACUGUAGGAUAUUUGCAGAGACGCUUCAAGAUGAUGGGAGUUUGAUGUAGCACCCUGGCAGGGAAUUCCUCAGCUGCCACUGAAGAGCGUGAACUCAGCCGGGGUCGGUUCAUGCUUCAGGAAAUGAUGUGCCAAACACUUUGGUGGCCCCGUUGAGCGCCCUGAGCUUUAAUAAAUCAAUUUUGCAGAUGUACAUGCUUUGCUGACAAAAAAGGGAAAAAUAAUACAGACAGAGAGAGAAAGAGAGAGGGAGAGAAAGCAGGACGAGGAGGGAACAAACAAGUGAGAGAGAAGACAGUGAUUAAAAAGGAGAGAGGAGAGGGAUCAGCCUGGAGAGAUGGGUGCAGCUGGUGAUGGGGUUGAUCUCACUUGGGCUGCCCUGCCUUAAGCUCUCAUUAAAACUUUUUGCAGCUUGUUUAUAUUCGUUGGGAAAACCAAAAUGUUCAAUUAUCAGCAUUUGCUUUCUGUUUUUAUUUCUGAAUGUUGACUAGAAGACAAAAAAAUGAGUGGAAACUGAAGAUAUUGCAUUUUUCACAAACCAGCUGCAGAAGACUUCAAGUUGCAACUUGUGUUUCAUCAGCUAGCUAGCUUCAUCCAUGCUUAUUAGUGAUUUCAUAUAUAUAUGUAUGUGUAUGUAUGUAUGUAUAUAUAUAUAUACACAGAAAUAUAUAUAUUUAUAUGAAAUAUGUCACAAAAUGCAGGUUUAGCUGGUUGGCUAGCAUCUAGCAUCAAGUAAAUGUAGCAACAAGCUCUUGCUGAAAACGUUUCCUUGCUCUCUUUUGCGUCUUUCUUAUUAUCACUGCUCUCUUGAGUCGUUUCCUCUCAAUGACUGUCCACAUUGAGGGAUGUAAAGGUGAUGUUUUGUGAGUUUAUGAAGUCUGAACAGCUGACUAGUUAGUUAGCUCCAGUCUGUAAACUAGUGUUUUCGUGCCUCCCAGUUAGAAGUUGUGGGUUGCUGCAUCGUCUUGUACGUAUUGUCUCAAAUAUCUGUUGUUGGUUUUUUUUUUGUUCAUGUAGUCUUUUACAAAUCACACUUAAGAAAAAAAAAUCCUUGACAUGUAUGUAUAUUUUUUAUGAUUGUUAUUUUUUUAUAAAUAUACCAGACAUUGCAGAUGUUGCAGUGGUUUUGAAUCUGUGAUUGGGCUUCAAAAGGAUAUGUUGUCGAUAGCUUUUUUUUUUUUUUUUUUUUUUUUUUUGCUAUGUUUUGUUAUGUGUCCAAAUGGGUCAAAAGGUUGAAGAUGUUUUCCUCAAUAAAAUAUAGGACA